CCUUUCCCACUUCCCGAGGCAGAUAGUAUAGAUGUCAUCGCUCGGACAAUGGCUGCAAUUCGGCAAAUGCCAGUCCUUCUACCACUCGAUUAUGGACAAAUGCCAGGCAGUGGUCGAUCGCGUUCAAACCCAUGAAGCAGUUCCCACACCAAUCACCUCAUACCUCUCUAUAUACUCGAAUGAUGUGUCGAUAGUGAUGCGUCCCGAAUGUGGGGGACCAGCAGUGGGGAUGCGGGGAUCUCUAUGGACACCAUCCGCUACUUUAUAUAAACUGCUAGCAGACCACCAGAUACUACCAAAUACUCAGACCCUAGACCUCGUUCAAUGCAGACAUCAUGACUACCACUGAAGAGAAGAUUCGUGCUACCUUUCCCGACCUCGAAUGGUUCCCCCUCACACCACCGGCAUUACAUCCUGCCUACAACUAUCAAGGCUUCCACCCAGGCAAGAAGACAGUCCUUUCCGCAGGACAUGUGCGAUCUCCAGGCCAUCGCGCAUUCCACACAGACGUGCUCUUCGAGCAGGAUAUAGCCAUUACCCUCCGCGAUGGUAUCAAGAUAUACACCGAUAUCUUUCGUCCUGUCGACUCCGACAACACCCCUGUCCCAGCCAUCAUCCCAUGGAGCCCCUAUGGCAAGACAGGCACCGGCCCGCAGAGCUACGACAGCAUGGCGCCCUUCCGCGCUGGGCUCGAGAAGAGCCGGACCUCAGGUUAUGAGAAGUUCGAAGCCCCCGAUCCCGCCGAAUGGGUGCCUCGCGGCUACGCCAUCAUCAACAUCGACGCCCGCGGCGCCGGCAACUCCGAAGGCAACAUCACCUUCUGGGGCCAACAAGAAGCCGAAGACAUCUAUGACACGAUCGACUGGUUGUCCAAACAGCCCUGGUGCAAUCACUCCGUCGGGAUGGCAGGCAACUCGUGGCUCUCCAUCGCACAGGUCAACUUCGCCUCGCGACUCGAGCAUCCUGCCCUCAAAGCCCUCGCUCCCUGGGAAGGCUUCACCGACCUAUACCGAGACCUAACCAUGCGCGGUGGCAUGAAGCACAACGAGGCUUUCCACAAAUUAAUCCUCACCGGCUUCGCCGGUCACGGAACCGCCGAGAACAUGCCCGCCAUGCUAAGCAAACGACCCUUCGACGACGCCUACUGGCAAAGCAAACGCAUCCACACCGAACGCAUCGGCGACAUUCCCCUCUACAUCCUCGCAUCCUACUCCUCGAUGCUACACACGCGUGGCUCCUUUGAAACCUUCCGCACCGCCCAAAGCACCCGCAAAUGGCUCCGCGUACACCCAUACCAAGAAUGGUACGAUCUCUACCGACCGGAGAUGGUCGACGACCUCUCUCGUUUCUUCGACCGCUACCUCAAGAACACGCCCAACGACUGGGAAAGCACACCACCCGUGCGCCUCUCCCUCCUAGGCUUCGAAGGCAGCUCCGUGCCCACCAUCCUCGAACACCCCGAGCAAACCUACCCAUUAACCCGGCAGGAGCUCAAGAGAUUCUACCUCAACGCAUCAACCAAGACCCUCCAACCCUCUCUCCCAGACACAGUCACCUCAACAACCCAUUCCGCUCUUCACGGCACUUCCGACUUCACCCUCCACUUCCCCACCCCCACCCAGUUAGCCGGGUACCCCCGCGUCCACCUAUGGCUCUCCACCCCCCACCACACAGACAUGCACAUCAUCGUGCAAAUCCGCAAGAUCUCCACGACCGGCGAACUCCUCGAACACCUCAACUACCCGUGUCCCGUGCCCGUCGACGCCGUCCCCAACGUCAACACAGCCAAGACGCUCGGGCCGCAGGGGUUCCUGCGUGCGUCGCAUGCCGUCACGCGCGACGAGACGCUCUCCACGGAGCAUGAGAUCGUGUAUACACAUGAUCGCGCGGAGAUGAUACCCGCCGGGAAGAUCGUGCCGAUUGAUAUUACGUUGUGGCCGAUUGGGAUGGUGUUUGGGGCUGGGGAGGGGAUUAUGUUGCGAGUGGCGGGGCGUGAUUUGUGUUAUCCGGAGGUGGAGUUUGAUGAUCUAGUGGAAGGGGAGGUGGAGGAGCAGGUGCAUGAAGUUCAUUGUGGGGAAGGGUUUGAUUCUUAUUUGGUGUUGCCGGUUGUAUAGAUGAAGAUGGUGAUGUGAUGAUGGUAUGUAGAAGAAGUGGGAGUGAGUAAGUAUCUCGGGAUGGAUAUUGAU